AUGACCACCGUAUAUUACUCGGACUCGGCACGCGGACACAUUAGUUUGACAAGUCAAGUGGAAAAUCAGGAUCCCGCCAGACUUGAGUAUCUCGCUGAGGGCAACGCGAAUAUUGUUUACACCUUCAAAGAAAUCGCCAACAAUGUGCUCCCCCAUGGCUUCCACCAUAAGCUUUUGCGAUUGAGGAAAGACAAGUCCUUUAUUCAAUCCACAAAGUUCCAAUUUGCGACUUUUCAAGAAGAGUUUGUUCCAUUGUUUCGACCAGAGAACCUUGUAGAACAAACCUUGAUUGCUUUGGAUGAAGCACUUACGAGAAAGCUCAACCAAGAGCUCGAAGAGCACGAGAAUGCGAAUUUUCGAAAGAGGUUGCGACACGGCGAUCGGUUAGCGAUGGACAAGUAUGGCUUGCUAAUGACUGACAUGACUGCUCGUCAUGGCGAGUAUCUUUUCGAAAUCAAGCCUAAGUGGUUACUACAAUCACCCGAUGCCCCUGAUAGCUCGAGAAGAUGCAGAACUUGUGCUCUGAGGCUGCAAAGAGAUCAGGCAGCGGCUCAAGGCGCCAUGAUGCCGAAAUCGGGUGGAUUCUGUCCUCUCAGUUUGGUUGACGACGACAUUCAAGAAAGACAAAGGGCUUUCAAAAGCAUCAUCGAAGCACAGGCUGAUAAUUUGUCUAAUGAUACUGUGGAGACAGUCGUCAAAUUUCUGUCUGAAAAGGGUUAUCAAGUCCUGGAGACUCUGCGCGAGCACCAGGCACGACUCGAUAAGUACGGUCUAUUAAGCUCAAGCGCCGAGGGAGCAUCGGACGAAUACUCAAAAGCAAUGACCCUACGCGACUGUGUAUUGUUUAUCAAAGGCUCACUAGAUGCAUUUGAAGACACAGCAGAUAUUCGUUUAGCAGACCUGGACUUCAAGCAUGCCCAUCCAGACAAGGUAGAAAAGUGGAUGAGUACUGAAAGAACGCUUAUAGAGCAAGGGUGGUACACGAGCACUGAGAUUGACGAAGGAGCCGACUCAACCUGUUUGCUUACUCGAAGGUCGCUUUGA